AUGCUGAUAGUAACUCGAUCAGUGAAGGAGAUAUCGAAUGCAAACGGUCAGUGCAUGUUGUCCCCUCGAGAAGCGCUUGUGUGCAGAGGAACACGUGGAGUAACGAUGACUUGGAUGACUGUUGUGAUGAUGAUCGUGUUGCCGCUAGUGAUUCGAGGUUGUGAGGUGGCGACGCUUGGAAGCCAUUUUGAAGAACCUCUGAAGGAGAACGGAGAUUCGUGGACAGCCAACGUGAGAGUGAAACCGAACCACGAUGAUGACUGGCAGUUAAACCUCAUUCUGACAGUCAUGGAAGACACCCAAGCAACGCCUGUCAUGAACCUGACACUAAACCACACGUCUUAUCAUCGGAUAAUACGACUCCACGGACAUUUUGGUGAAGGAGAAAUCACAGAGGAUGGCUUCCUUUCCAUGCGGGAGAACCAGUCCUUUACCCUCGCUGUCACAGUCCGUCGAUACGAUUUAGAACUUCAGAUGGAUCAACUGAAGAAGACUGAAGCACAUGGACUAAAGAAUUUCGAUGAUAUAAGAACUUCGACUCUUGAAUUAACAAACAUUGUUGCUGCUGAAAACUUCAGUGUGUCCUGCGACUGCGUCGUGGUCAAUAACAACAGCACACCCAAGAUAUUGAAAUAUGCGGUUCAGCCAAAAUUUACAGGUACAACCACUACACUGAAAUAUUCGGCUCAUACAUUAUCAGGAAACACUACGGCCAUUAUAGCCAUGGUCUCAUGCACCGGGAUGCUCCUCGUUAUUGGAGUGAUAUUCCUAAUUUCGAGACGACUGCUCACCUGUUCACGUACCAGCAAACUCUGCACCGUCAAACCUGCAGUUUUCUACGUGGUCCAGUCUCCCGAGAGGUCACACUGCUCUCUACUUCGCAUCCAGCAGGAGAGCGUCGAUGAUCCUCCGCUGCGCGACGGCAGAGACUCGGAAAGCGCCUUCGUUCCGAGUCGGAGUCCUCGUGUUGAUCCAACUUCUUCGCUAUGCAGAAACACUCGUGGAAGGGAGGUCGUUGCUGGUCACGGUGUUUCGGGGCGUCCCGGCGGACCCUUAAGGAGAACUCUCAGCAGCCACGUCUACGAAAGCAUCACUGACGUGGACGCUUCGGCCGAUGAGCACUCUAGUUCGAACAGCACAUAUGAACCGUUUUGUGCGUGAAAGUUCUCGAUCGCAGUGACGUCGCGUGGAGUUUAAUUACCUUUUCUCUAUCAUCAGAAUUCAUUAAUUGGGAUCGGUGGAUUGAGGACUAUCUCAUGUACUUCACUAACAGUCAAAUCAUUCUUUGCUAUCAGGAAAAUUGAUAGCGAACAAUUAUCACUUUGAAUCUGUUAUGUGUUACGAAUAGUGACGCAUUUUAAUUCAAAUAGACACUUGUGAGUAUCUAAAUGAAAAUUUAUUUAAGGUUAAAGGCUUAAUAUUUAAAAUGUAAUGAUAAAUAGAGAAAAAGGAAUGGAGAGAAAGAAAGACAGAUAGAGAUCGAAGGGGAAAAGGAAGGAGAGAGAAA